CCUACUUAAACAAAUCCAUUUACAAAAAGGGCCAUUGUACAUUCGACCAUUGAAAUCCGAUUCAUUUUUUUUUUUUCACUCUUGGAAAGCAUAGUUCUUAACCAUGACAAGGCAAGUGGAGGUACACGUUAACGGACUAUUGGACUGAGGGGCGGUUGGGUACGAGCACAUUUGGAGUGUCGGGAACACUCUUAGCCCCAUACCCCUAAAACCUCGCCAAAGUGGUUUGACAAAUAUCGUUUUAUUUUUAUCUUACACGGGAUAACCCCUCAAAACGGAUUUCAGAGACUUGGAUAGAAGUGCUAGUUGGCAACGACUAUAGAAACGAGGAUCCGUUGACGAAAAAGCUUUUGGGGGAUUAAGUUAUUCCAUGAUCACUUUUUAAAAAAAAUGUAGAUUAAGUGAACGAUUGACACUACUAGUCCACCAAUUUAGCAAAAAAACGUGUGACAGGUCCAACCGGACCACGGAUGGCGGUCACCGAUGGCUGAAACUCAAUAUAUUAAUCUGAAUUCACACAGCUAGAGGGUAUAUGAUGCGCUAUAAAGUAGCCUAAUUUCAGCUAAAUGGUCCAGGGUGACAAUAUGUUACAUCAAACACACCAUGUUAGUGAAACUGGACACUGAAAGCAUGCGAAACAAUUGAGACCGUCUUUGGAUUGAAUCAACAUGCAAUUGGCACAGUUCCUAUCCAUUUGCGUCCCCGCCUUGUUGCAACAGGUUGCGCGCGUGGCCUUCCACAAAUGCACUUAUAGCGCACAGUUUUGACUUUGCUCUUACUUUCUGACUCGAAUGUUACAGAUUUCGGCGCCAUGGUUGAGCACGGAGGCCUUGAUCUUAUGUGUUUAAAUAAGUCCUACAGUCACAGUUCCACUACCUCGUCCUCCAGCUCAGAGCGAGAAAAGAAAAUAUUCACCAAGUUGAAAGUCAGUUUGACUGAGGACUAUCCGCAGAAGAACGCGGAGAUCCUGAGCGGCCAGUAUGGGACUAACUUACUUUUGAUCGGCGUGUCGCUGAUGCUGGCUAUUGCGCACCAUGGCGCAUCAGUGAAGGAAGAGCACCUGUUGUCGUUUAUCACGACCCUCAUGAUCCUCCAGCUGAUAUGGAUGAUGUGGUACAUCGUGAGCAGAGACAGGCAGAGUAACUUACAGCCAGAAAAGGAUGUGCAUGCUACUACCUGUUGGAUAAGAGGUGGGUUAACUCUUCUUGCGCUCCUCUCGUUGAUCAUGGAUGCCUUCCGAAUUGGUUAUUUUGUGGGCUAUCGAUCAUGCGUGUCGGCUGUUCUAGGGGUAUACCCUAUCAUCCACGCAACUCACACAAUAGCACAGGUCCAUUUCCUUUGGUUUCACAUCAAGGACGUCAUCAAGACCUUCGAGACCUUUGAAAGAUUUGGCGUCAUCCAUGCAGUCUUCACCAACCUGCUACUGUGGUGCAACGGUGUGAUGUCUGAGGCUGAGCACUUCCUAAACAACCACAAGAGAAGGCUCUCUUCCCUGGGCUAUGUAAACCUCACCAUAGUGGAUAUGGAGCCUCACUGUAAUUGCACUACCAGCGCCUGCUCCAUGUUCUCCAACAGCCUCUAUUACCUAUACCCCUUCAACAUAGAGUACCACAUCUUUGUCUCUGCAAUGCUCUUCGUCAUGUGGAAGAACAUAGGGCGCAGCAUUAACCUCCAGUACAACCGGAAAAGGCCGGCUACCAGGACCCAGGGGCUGGUUGUCGGCCCCAUCCUGGGUCUUGUCGCCCUGGCCAGCACCAUCGGCGUGCUGGUGGUCUACAUCAUCCACGUGGAAGAGUCGAUGGACACCCGGGAGUCGGCCAUCGCAAUGUUCUACUGCUACGGCAUCGUCAUGCUGGUGUUCAUGUGCUCGGCCGGGGCCACGGGUCUGCUCAUAUACCGUGCCGACCCUAUGCCCAUGGACACCACCAAGAACCCCUCGCGGACGCUGGACACAGAGAUCCUAUUCGGAUCGUCGGUGGGCUCCUGGCUCAUGUCCUGGUGCAGCGUGGUGGCUGUGGCAGCCUCAAGCAGCAGCCCGAGCUACCGCUGGACCAACCUGAUGUACUCACUGCUCAUUGUCCUGGAGAAGUACAUCCAGAACCUGUUCAUCAUAGAGUCCCUCUACCGCCAGCGGGAGGACGGUGAGAGGGAGGACGCUGAAGCGGCGGGGCCUGUGCCGGAGAUCUUCUCUGUGACCUCCUCCUUGGCUCCGCCCUACAACGGCAUCAUCAACCGGGCGUACGAGAACCCAGACAAGGGUUGUGUCACGCUGGAGAACGAGCAGGUGGAGAACGGACAGGUGUACGGAACAUUCAGCUCACGGAAACAUUCAGCGGUGCCCCUGCACGCCGGGAGCAACGUGGCGGAGACCCCGAGCAAGAAGAGGCAGAUUCUGAAGAACAUCGCUGUCUUCCUCUUCAUGUGCAACAUCUCACUCUGGAUCCUUCCUGCCUUCGGCUGCAGACCCCAGUAUGACAACGGCCUGGAGCAGGAGACGUUUGGCUUCACCAUAUGGACAACAGUUCUCAAUUUUGCCGUGCCCAUGAACCUCUUUUACCGCAUGCACUCUGUGGCCUCCCUCUUCGAAGUCUUCCGAAGGGUGUGACAAGACGAAGAGGGACCGACGAGAUGACGCAACAUGCACAAGAACACUUGUCACCAAGGGCUCCAUAGAGGAAAUUAAUAGCAACACAGGUCAACCUUUCAGGAGGAGCUCUUGUCAUGUACUUUAGACUUCUAAAUAAGCAUUGAAACAUGUCAGUAUAGGGGGAUUAUACUAGAUGAGAUGUCCCUUGUAGCGAUCCAUCUUCGGAAACAUUUUGUAGCACCAGAUAUAAACAACAAAUUACAUUGAUAUCAGACCCUGGAUUCAAAUAGUAUUCAGAAUCUUUCAAAUACUUUAGCUGUGCUUGAUUGAGCUGGCCUGGCACAAUGUAACCAAUGGAAUAGCCCCAAAUGUGCAAGAACUGAUCCCCCGCCCCGGGAGGCUCACCCAAAACGCCAAAGUCUUUGAAAGAUUUCAAAUAGUAUUUGCUUUGUUGUGUGUUGCUGCACUGAAAAGUGAAAUUGACAUUUGAAUUUAGGUCUCUGUUAUAACAAGUGUUUGGGUUUUGUCUUUUGAUGUUCAUCAAUUUUUUUGUUGAAUGCGUUAUUAAAACGCGUAUGUAAUAGUUUAGCGUCGAGUUGUCUCUCAGACCUAGUACAGAUGUAAGCCAGGCUAUGUAUGAAUGCAUCAUGAGAGUGGAGCAUGAUAAGUGAUGAUACACGAUGAAAGUAGAUGGUGUAGUGAAACAACAUAUCGAAAAGCCAUGCCACAUUCAUUUUUCAAAUCCUGUAUCAUGGUGAGACUAGUGGGCCUCAUCCCCGGUUGUGCUGAUAUCACACACACCACUGUGUUUGCAGCAGUACUCCAACAUCACAGAGAAGCCAAAGAAGCUCUCUCGGUCUCGAUUAUUCAACAUCACAUAAGAAUUGUACUAUCGAUUUGUAAAGAUGAGGUGCAACUGUAAAAGCCUUAUAAAGGUUUUUUUUUUGUG